AGUUGUAAUAUACCAAUGAUUGAUGAUGAUGAUGCAAUUAAUGAAAUAACUAUUGCAACUGAUGGAAUUAAAAAUAUUACUAAAAUACAAUUGUCUUUGAAUGCUGUAGAAAUUAUGGCUGAUUUGUCCUUUGAAACAUUAAAAAGUUGGAAUUUACCAAAGUUCCAUUUGCAAAUACUUACUCAGAGCCGACCUAAUUCUUUUAGUAGGCUUUUAGAAUCAUUGGAUUCAUCUAUAUACUUUGGAGAUGAAAUUCCUUUGACAAUUAAUAUGAAUAGCUCAGGGUGGUUUGUUGCCGAAGCAUAUUACCCAUAUAGUAAUCAUGAUCAUACAGUUCUACUAGAAGAUGAUAUUGAAAUCAUCACCCUUCUAUUAUAUCUGGUCAAGUAUAUCGCUUUAAAGUAUAUAUAUGAUCCUGAUAAGGUACACAGUAAUAGGAUGUAUGGUAUCAGUUUAUACAAUCCAAAACACACAGAACUUCCACUUCCUGGUCGCAAGAAAUUUUACCCUGAACAAGUAUUUCGCAACACAAGAUAUGAUGUUCGGUCACCUUAUCUUUGUCAGGUACCUAGUGAUUGGGGUGGUGGUUACUUUCCUGAGAUUUGGCAUGAAUUUCAUCAGUAUCUUAUUGAUCGCCUGGAAGAUGAUAAUAAUAACUAUAAAGUUCAAUCCAUAAGAAUUCCUUAUAGUCGUUUCAAUCAUUGGAAAAAUUCAUGGAAACAUAUUGCUGAAUAUGAUGAUACUUACAUUCAUUUCCGAGAAGGUAAACAUGAUCCACUAUCAAUAUUGAUGGUGCCACUGAUGACUGAAAAUGUCAUAUUCAAAGAGCUUCCUGGUGGAGCUUUAGCGGAUUAUAAUGAUCUGCCUGUAUUGGAUUUAUGGGGAAAUUUGUCAACCGAGAAAAAUAUAGCUGGAAAAAAAUCUAGAAAGUUUCAAAGAGAUAUCAAUGCAAUGAUGAAGAUUUUUGCAGAGGAUAGAAUAUGA